GGUUGGGCAGACAGGCAUCUUUCGCCUGGAACUUCAGGAGUGGACUGGGUCAAGCCAGGGCGACAGCUGGCAGUAGGGGGAUUUACCUAGGGUAUUACUAAACACCCUGGGUAAAUUGAGAAACACAAGCUAAUUCUGGAGUCCUAAUCCUCUUCCUUCCCCCAGCUGGAGUGAGGCAUGUCAGUCACGCAGUGAGGACCCAGCUAGCAGCCUAGACUGCUUCCACGGCUGGCUCUGCAGAGGAUGUCGAGAGCCUGACCAUGGGUGAAGUGCAAAAGGGCCUUCUCUCAGUCAUCCAGAAGCUUAAAGGCUCUGAAGAGCAGGAGUUGCGAAUUGUCCUCCUCGGGCUGGACAAUGCCGGAAAGACUACUUUGCUCAAGAGCCUGGCAUCGGAAGAAGUCAGCACAAUUACCCCCACACAGGGAUUCAACAUUAAAAGUGUCCACUCUCAUGGCUUCAAGCUCAAUGUCUGGGAUAUAGGAGGGCAGCGGGCGAUCCGGGCCUAUUGGAAGAAGUACCUGGGCAGCACAGACCUUCUGAUCUAUGUUAUUGACAGUGCUGACCAGAAACGCUUUGAGGAGACUGGGCAGGAGUUGUCCGAACUAGUGGAAGAUGAGAAUCUCACGGGUGUCCCAUUGUUGGUGUUUGCUAACAAGCAGGAUCUAGCAACAGCAUCCCCUGCAGCAGAGAUUGCUGAAGGGCUCAACCUGCACACAUACCGAGACCGGCCAUGGCAAAUCCAAGCUUGCUCAGCCCUAUCUGGUGAAGGCAUUCAGGAUGGGAUGAACUGGAUUUGCAGCGAGAUCACAAGUCGGAAAAAAUGAAAAUGCUGAGCACAGGAAUGGAUUUUCUUAUCUACAGAAUCCCCAGAGGCCACAGCCUCAGUCCUAGUGGUGCACAAAAGUUCAUAGCAGAAGGUACCAUCAGGACCUGGCCCAAGAGUCAAAGAUGAGAAAGGAUGUUGAACUGAAAUGAUUUCCUGAGUUUUCUGAAAUAUCUGACCUAAUGAGUAAAUCUCCUCCUGCAAGCAUACCGUAAUAAGGGAUGCAAUGCUAGAUUUUCGAAAAUCAUCCUGGAACUAUAAUUGUGAUCAUGUCACAAAAUGACGAAAAUAAAACUUAAAGCAAAAUAUCUUAUAUUUUCACUGGACAGAUACUGACUAUUGACUCUGCAAACAACCUGGUAUGAUAAGCUCACCUUACUAAUGUACUAGAUACACCCAAAUCCCUGAAAAUUGUGGGGUGGAACUGUGUGCGAUUCCUGAGUCUCCUACAAAAGACAGAGAAAAAUGGGACUGUCCACUUUCUGGACUGGAAAACAAAAGCUCCACCAUGCCAAAGUUUUAUCUACCCAUGAAGAUCUUUGUAGGGGAAAGCAGGAGGAAAGAUUGCACACCCUAAACCUGAAUAUCUUCCUGCUCAUUUAGGAACUCCCAUCAGACCCUGUCCAGAGGUGGAGCCAUAACAGGGGCAAUUUCGUUUCAGUGAAGUGCCCUGUAGCCUCUAGGCUGGUAAUUUCUGAAUUGGUGGAUCAAAAGAUGGGUUAACCAGGACAUCUUUCUCACUGCUAUAUUGGACUUGUUUGUCUUCAAUACCAGGAUACACAGAUCAAAUGAGGGGGACUCUGGUUGUUUCCACACUAGCCAUUUUCUUUGAUUGUACAUCAAACAAACUCUGUUUUUAUGGUGUUAUCUACCACUAGUGCCAACCCAUUGCACAUCAGGGUUUUCUGUGUUCCAUCUUUUUCCAUUCCUGGUUUGUAGUGAUAUUUUUUGUCUCAAAAUACAGUUCUGACCUGCACUAGUGGAACUAGAUUACUCCUUGCUCAUUUGAAAAUGGCUAGUUGCUGUUGCUCACUCCUGGCCAAGGAAUUCCUGGAAGUAAACCACACUGAAUUCAAUAGGACAUAUUUCUUUGUAGACAUGAUUAUGAUUGUGUUGUUAGCCCUUAAUUAGUCAGUUCUUGUUUCCUGGAGAGAAGCUUUAAUUGCUGUCCAAGCAAUAGCUCGUUACAUUUUACUUUUUUAUUCUGCUAUUGUAAUUGCACCAAUAAUUAGAAGAAGAAAUUGCUGUGGCUGCAAAAAAGGAAAUCAAUUAAAGCCAUUUAAAGGAACGGGAUCUAAUAAAGGGUCAGUUCUCUGGGCCCUUGCUACUAGAGAACAAGAAGCAACUAAUUGGCUAUUUUAAAAGAAAGGGGCAAGGAGGAACCUAUUCAUUAAAGGUACAGUUGCAGGGGAACUUCCCUCAAAGUGAAGAGACAACAGGAUUUUGCCAGAUUUUUAUGGACAAUACAGUGGAAUCUUGGGUUGUGAACGUGAUCCGUGCGGGAGGCAUUUUCGCAACCCGCAGCGCC